CCAACAGGAAGUGAACGCGCUCUCAUUUCCGCUGCAGCAGCGUCAACGGUCACAUCAAAAAAUAAAAGGAAAAUGUGGACCGAAAGGACGGACUAAAAGCUGGGGAGAGAUCAUCCAGACCGACCCGCCAGCUGCUUCCUCUUCAGUAAGAAGUCGUUACCAAGCGGCUGCUUGUACUCGAGGCUUCGGUCGGGACAUUUAACGUGUUUUUAAGGGUCGUUUUGAGGUGAACGCGUCCCCUUGUUGUGUGCUGAAUUAGCCAGCGUUUAGCCAGCCCGCUGCUAGAGAUGGGGACGAGAGCGAGUCGCCUUCAAGACCCGCUUCCCUCUCCCUUCGGGAAAGAUGGCACUAAGCGGGAUUCCUAUCGCCGACCACGCUGUACCAGGCCCACCAGCCUCGUCGUCGACUUCUCGGUGAGCUUCGAGGAAACGGAGGCCAACAGGAGCCGAUCUGAGGAAGGGAGCGACUCGGACUUGGGGCUGCAUGGAGGGGCGAGCGCCGACGGCAGCCCCGCCGAUCACCGCAGCAUACCGUCCGGCAUUAGCCAGGCGUCUCCGGGUGACGACAACAACAGCGAGGGGAAACCCGAGGAGGACGGCGGGGUGAGCCCGGAGGCCCCCGCCGAAGCGGAACGCCAAGCCGGGGAGGAAACAGGCCGCACGCCACACCGCACUUUUUCCGAGAGGCUCCCCGGGAAUCGGCACUCUUCCGCCCGCAGCGUCGGGGCAAGGUCCGCCCGGGUUCGUGGCACACACCAGCGGCCGGUGUCGGAGGCUUGGAUCGGCCUUUACCGUGUUAACAACCGACAUGGCAGUAUUCGCUGCCCUUUCUGCUCGAAGCCUUUCCCAGGCGGUCGGAUCGAGGAUCACCUGCUGAGCUGCCUCACGUCUCCUCCGCUACCUUACAACACGGACGUGCUGAGCAAAGACAGCGGGGAGUGCUCGAUCUGUCUGGAGGAUCUGGUGCAGGGGGAGACCAUCGCCAGGCUGGCCUGCCUCUGCGUCUACCACAAAAGCUGCAUCGACUCCUGGUCCAAGGUGAAGCCCUGCUGCCCCGAGCAUCCCUUCGAUUGACUCGCAGGUCAGGCGCUUCCAGCCCAGCGACCAGAUCGACUCAGGAGACUACACCGAAUCCCAACAAAACCACAAUAAGAAUCAAGAAUUGAACGAGCAAAAUUCAUAUUUCCUUUUCCGAUGUAAAAGGUCAGCGGGAUCUUCCUCUAUCGAUUUAAACUCGACCUGCCAAACGCCGACGUAGAAACCAGCUGCUCCGUCUAAUAACAGAGAUGUCCGUCUGUGAGUGUGUGUGUGUGUGUGUGUGUGUGUGUGGACUUGUAUCACCGGGGGUCAUUUAAAUAUUAUCAUCUAAGAAAACCAGAUGGAGUUUCAGUGACCGGCGCCUCUCCUGCGUGUUUCUGUCUCUGAAUUUUAUCAAGUAUUUUUGCAAAAAACAAACAAAAACAAAGUAUUGUUACAAGUCCUACAUCCGAUGAAUGUUUCUUCUUCUUUGCUGCCCCCCCCCCCCCCAAAUUAACCAAAUAUUCAGCUGUUACGUGUAUUUCUGCUCUGAUGCGAUGAGGACCUGUUUGUGGUGGAAAGGGGGCUGCUGCUACUCUCUUUCUGUUUUUUGUUAUUAUUUUUCUUGCUUUCUGUUACCUUUAAACAUUUCAGGGGAAGUUUUGGGCCUUUGUGUUUUGUUUCUUUUAAAGUCGGCCAGUUUCGUCUCCUUGUUACCAUGGAGAUUGUUCAGGAAGAUAUGGACAGUAGCACCGCCUUGGCGCCAGCUGGAGCUCUUUCCUGUUAUGACGGUGAGCGACAGAGCAGUGGAUUUGUCCUGUUUGUUUGUAUAUACAUUAAAGUGUGUUUGUGUUUGUU